AAGGAAAACCGGAACAAGCAAGAGGAUAAGGGAAAGGAAACGUGAAGAAGAGGAGAACGAGGUGACAGGAGACCGAGCGAUAGACGGAGGGGAGAAGAGGGGAUGAAUGGAUGAAUGGAUGAAUGGAGAAAGCAAGACACACAGAUAGUAGUUAAGAUAGAGACACAAGAAGAGACACACACACGCGCACACACACACACACACACACACACAGAGAGAGAGAGAGAGAGGAAGACACACACAAACAGUUGUGGGUGGUACAAAAAACAAAUAAGAAAGAGAAGAAAGAAAAGGAAGUGGAUGAUGGAAUGGAACAGCAAAAGCAGCAGCAGCAGCAAGCAAGCAGCAGCUGGGCGAGAUGAGCCUGAGGAAGAGAAGAGCCCAGAAUCAGAAUCCGGGGGAUGCAAAAGACAAUCAAAUGAGCCAGAGUAAAAGAAGGCGAAGACGGGCGGGCGGAUAGCAUGAGGCCAUGGCUUUUUGAGAAAU